GCCGCCCCUGCUCUCUCUCUUUGAUGCCUUAUCUUCCUUACAUCCAUCAAGUCUAGAUGUUUCAGUCGUGCGAGUCUAGAUCUCUCACUCUACAAAUUAAAGCAAAUCUCCCCCUCAAUCCUUUCCGUGUAGGAUAAUCCCUUCUACUGCUAUCUAUAAGACAUGGUGAAGGUUCUAUAUAUGACAUGAUUGGAAUUUCUUUGGUGAGUCAUGGACCUGCAAUUGCUUAACAAGGGUUUUCAUUAUACAUUGAAGAGGAGGAAGUGGCUUCUUCUUUUGGCGUCUUUGGGUUUCACUGGUUAUGGUGCCUACAAAUUUUAUCACUCCCCAUCAAUAGCUUUAAAGCGAAAGAGAGUUUUGACGCUUCUGGGUGCUUUAAUCUCUGUAGCUGAAGCUCUCUCUCAUUCUGCCGAAGCAAGAGGCGUGGUCUCCGAAGAUAUAAAAGAGUUUCUAGGAUCCGAUUCUGACAAAAUUCCUGCUAGUCUGAAGCAGAUUUCGAAAAUCGCAAGGUCAGACGACUUCUCUGGGUCGGUGGUAAGCGUCACUCGAUCUUUAACUGUUGGAAUUUUGCAGGCCAAGGAAAGGAUCGAUGAUGGUGACGUGAAUGCCAGUCCAAGUUUCUUGGAUCAGGUUUUGGAUAAGCUCUUUACGUCUGCUGGGUCUGGUUUUGCUUCUGUUUUUGUUGGAAGCUUUGCUAGAAACUUGGUCAUGGCGUUGUAUUCAUAUGGGGAAUCAAGUUCGACUGCUAUUCCAAGUUGGGUCAAUAUUGUUUGCAGUAACAAGUCCAGAGAGCUCAUUGGUGAUUGGAUUCAAUUGUUUGUUAGCACUGCAGUAGGUGUUUAUCUUGAUAAGACUGCCGGCAUUAACACCUAUGAUGAAUUGUUUGCGGGAUUGACUAAUCCCAACCAUGAAAGGAAAGUGAGAGAAAUAUUGAUAAUGAUCUGUAAUAGAGCAACGGAAACUCUAGUCAAAACAUCCCAUCAAGUAUUAUUUAUGAGUGGCAAUUCAGAUACAAAUUCAAGUACGGCUUCUCCCUGCACAACUAUGGAUCAAGAAAAUGUUACACAUGACAAUGAUCUUCUUUUUGGAGAAGAGGAAUUAUCAACAAAUCUGAAAGUAAGAAACUCAUCAAAUGAAAAUGCAUGGAUUAGUAAAGUGUCAUCAACUUUGGCAGUGCCAAGGAAUAGGAAGCUUGUUCUUGAUGUUACUGGGAGGGUUACAUUUGAGACGGUUAGGUCUUUCCUAGAAUGUUCGUUGGAGAAGCUUUACGACUGUAUAACAAGUUUUGCUAAUGUUGUCCAAGAAGCAUUUGCUGAGUGUGGGCAUGGAGUUGUUAGAUUUGUUACCGCUAAAUGUUCUUUUCUUGCAGGCGUAUGCCUUUCUUUGUGUUUGCACGUUUUGGGUGGUGAUUGGUUUUCUCUACCAGUAUUAAGUUGUUGAGUGUUUCUGUUGAAUCACUUCACGUUAUAUAUGAUAUGGAUGAUGUUUCUCUGAGAAAAUGGAUUGAUUUUUUACUCCUACUUCAACGACAAUCUGAAAUGCUUGUAUCCAGCAGAGGUGUUUGUCAUGGUAGGAAUUGUAAUUGUUUUGUCUGGAAAUUAUGGAAAAUUUGUUCUUAUUGUUGUUGAUUUGAGCAGACGA